UGUUUAAUAAUAUUGCUACAAUUUUAAUGUAAAUUAAAAUUAGAAAAUGUUGAGACACUGCCUCGCCAACGUGGACUAUGUCCGCCUGCACGCCCAGCAGCAGUUGCGUCCCAAAUGCGGCGAGAUCUUCUACGAACCGGAGGCGAAUAUUUUCCAACUGGUCUGUUUGCUCUGCGACAUGAAGCACUUUGGAUUCGAGGACUUCGCCCGCCAUAUCCGCAAUGUGCACUUCGACAAGCAGGGCCGACCGCUCACCAAGACGGUCACGGGACUAGGCAGACUAGCACGAGAGGAUCAGGAGUUCCAUGCGGUCAGCGCAGAACCAUUGGCUGUAGACAGCUUCAAGGAGGAGUACCAUUCCAACGAGGAUGUUCUGUCGGAGGAGGAGGAUGCGGAACAGGAGCUGGGACUAGAACAGGACGACGGCAAUCCACUACGCAUCAUGGUGCUCGAAGGUAAACAGUCCGAGGACGAGGAGACUAUCGAUACGAUGUGGCAGCCGGAUCAUGGCAGUUCCUCCGCAUCCGACAACGAGGGGUGCGAUCUGAAGGCGCUGUUGGGCGUGGAAAAUCCGCAAGACUAUCAACCGGAUGAGGAGGAGGAGGAGCACCAGUCUGUUUUUAAGAAGCAGCGCCAACCGAAGGACUACAACUGCCCGCACUGCGACAGGAGGUACACGACGCAGAAAUACCUGAACACCCACCUGAAGAUGAGCCAUCCGUUUCCGCAGGCCUUCAAGUGCGUCGACUGCGAAGCCACCUUCGAUGUGGACCGAGCAUUGGCCCAGCACCGUCGCAAGGAGCACACGGAGUUCGCCUGCCAGCUGUGCGACAAGGUGUUCAAAAGCUCGCGAUCCCUACUCCGCCAUGUGCAGGGUCACUCCGGCGCCAGGACAUUCAAGUGCGAGCACAAGAACUGCGGCAAGUCGUUUGUCAACCAGCACAACCUCACCUCGCAUCGGCGGGUCCACAGCGAGGAGCGGAACUACGUGUGCGAGCUGUGCGGCUAUAGAUCCCGCUACCGGGAGGCGUUGAUCGUCCACCGGCGCACGCAUACGGGCGAGAAACCCUUCCAGUGCCAGACCUGUGCCCGCUGCUUUGCCUCCAAGUCGCUGCUCAACGAGCACCAGGCAAUGCACUCCACCGAGAAGCCCUACAAGUGCGACAAAUGUGAUUCGGCCUUCUCCCGCCCGAAGGCGCUCUACCACCACAAGCAUCUGCAUUUGGGCAUCAAGAAGUUCAAGUGCAAGAUCUGCGGUAAUGCCUAUGCCCAGGCGGCAGGUCUAUCCGCUCACAUGCGGGCGCACAAGCUCCAGGCGUCCGUAAAUGCGACGGAGGGCGCCGAGGCGGAACCCAUCGAGAUGCUGUUCACCUACUGACCCGACUGAGUGGAAACCUUCUGUCAAGAUAUUCAAGAUACACCCCACACACAAUGUUCACUGUUCUAGAUUUGAUAGAUAGCUUUUCGUUCCCACUUUUCACAUAUCUGUCAAUAGUAUUAAACAAUUUCUAAUCUUUUUUUAACUUAAGCGAUGAAGCCUUCCAUUUCUGUGUCUCAAAUUUUAGUACCUACAUAUCAGUAGAAGUCGUGUGUAAGCUGUUAAAUCUGUUAGUUAAGCUAGUUUUAAGCCAAGACCUUGCUUCCGACUAGAACAAACCACGUAUGUACAAUAAAUGUUCCGAAACACGUUACUCCAA